UGGCCUCGCCGCCGGCAGCAGCCCCUACAAGGGCCACCUCACCCAUGGCCGCAUGCUCGUCCUGACCCGACCCGCGUCCGCCCCCGCCCCCGCGCCCAAACCCGUCGCCGCCGCCGCCGCCGCCGCCCUUCCUCCUCCACAGCCGGACCCGUCGCCUCCUCACCCUGUCCAGAACCGGCCCGAGCCGGACUCGGACCCCAUCUCCCUCCGCCCGCUCGGUCGAACCGGGGCCGGCCCCUCGGCGGCGCCCCCUCCUCUCCGGCCCCGGCGCUGGAGAAGGACAGGGAGGUCUCGUUCGCCGUGACGUCGCCGAAGCCGGACAAGUUCGUCCCGCCGCACCUCAGGCCGGGGUUCGCGGGGAGGGAGAAGAGGCCCGGACCGGACAUCCAGAAGCAGGGCGGCUUUCGGGGAGGAGAGCCGGUCCCGAGGCAGCAGGGGUAUUACGGAUCUCCCGGCCGGUACGGAGAGGACGGGCGGCCCAAAUCGGGUGGGUACGACGCGGUGAGGACGGGCGGCCAGGCGGAUCUGAACCGGGCGAGCUCGUUUGGGAGUAGGCCUAGUUCGAGCGGAUGACGUGACAUGGGAGAAUUUCUUGUCGAGGAUCAACAUUGGAACUUUGCUGAAGCUGGAGAUGCAUGCUUCAUCCUGAUGCACCUGGCUCAAUUAUCUCCAGAAACGGCUUCAGUUGUCAAUACAACCCCGAUCAAAAGAAGUUAGAUUGAAUCAUCUGACCCAGUGUCACCUCAUGACAAACAUUGUUUAGUACAUCUUACAUUGAUGUGUAGAAAAUGAUGCUCGAGACUCCAAGUCUCCAUCUUGCCCUUCUGUGGGCUCUGUUUAAUGUUUACAUUAUGACACGGACAAAUGCACAAAUGAAUUACAAAAUUUGUUUUUGCUGUUUAAUGUGUUGACUUCAGUUAAGGCCAGCCGGUAUGUCUGGAUCCCUUUUGUAUGAAUACUUUGCUAAGGUUAUACUGGAAGCUACUGUUUGUUCGUUGAGAUUUUA